AUGGAGCCUCGUCUGGCUGCUGGACGUCAAGCGACGGAGCGUGCGGAGCUGACUCGUCAAGGAAUCGGCAGGGCUACAGAAAGCGCUGCUACGCUUGCUGAUCAACUUGUUCUCGAAUUCCUCGUCAUGGAGCUUACUGAACCGCCGGCUGCUCAGCUUGCUAAGACAGCUGGUGAUGGAGCUCAACUGCAGUUCAUCAGCAGCAUGUUUGACCGUAACCCUAUCCUGGAGCGUCUAGCAGCUAGCGUAGUAAUUCAACUACUUGGUAUGGCCGUACAACGCAAUACGCUUCAUCAACACGAAGAAUUUGACGAGUCUGCUAUUCCUGUAGAAAAUUCCCAGCAUCUCCGUCUGCUUUAUCAAAUUCGUGAAGUUCUUCAACGACGUAAUACGCUACAUCAAAAUGUGCAUACAGCACAAGUGGAGGCAUCAUCUCGAUCCCUACUACCAUCAUCACCAGUACCGCCAAUAUCCACUUUAUUGCAGCCCGAUUAUCAUUCUUCAACUAACGCACCUUGCCCAAGACAUUGUGAAACAUGUGGCAGUAAUCAACAAUUUUCAUAUCUCACACAAUUAAUGCAAAACAUGCGUAUCGGACAGAAUCUGAACAAUCUGGUUUCACAACAUGAAACCGAAUCCGGACUCUUCAAAACUUCGCCCACUACCACUGCCGCACAAGUGCCGACCCAUGAAGCGCCGACAGUGCGAACGUCGAAAAUUACGGAGAAAAUGGAUGGCAACGAUAUCACCAUGUCUGUGAAAGUCUACAUUCCGUCACCGCCAGCGUACAUUUUCAUCGAACAUUCAGCUCACUUCACCACACCGUCCUCCCUUACUAAUAUUGGAGUGAAAUGCAGCUAUAUUGGAAGACUAAUUGGACCAAAUGGAAUAACGAUUAGAGAGCUACAAUUGGAGACCCGAUGUCAUAUCGCUGACAGUAAAUUGUACCGUAAAAUGCGUCACAAACCCGGUUUUGGUCAUCUCAGGGAGGAUACACAUGUGCUCGUUGAAGCCAAGGGCUCAUCACGCGUUGAGUGCCGUAAUUUGAUUGAGAAAGCGAAGAAACGUAUUUCUGAUAUGUUCACUCCGGAAUUUGAUUCACUGAAGCGUGAACAACUCAUUCAUUUGGCUAUGCUCAAUGGAACCUACAGACAAAGCCUGCCCUCACCAAGACCAUCUACAUAA